CAGCUUGCAAGUCCCACAGGAAUCUCUCCCUCUGUCUCUCUCGUUGUCAAUUUAUUUAAUGUUUUCCUUUGAGUGUUGAGGCAAUAAUUGUCCACCCAGCAUCUUCCUUAAUAACUAAUCCCUCUCCGCUUCCUUCUUCCACUUUCAGGCCUUACAACUUUUUACUUAUUUUUCUCCUUUAUUAUGGCUGUUGACCUACACGACCCUGCCUUAUUCACCCUUUCUUCUCAAGAUCAUCACUUUGAGGCCCUGCAAAGCAACAACAGCAAUAAACGGUACUUAUUUGCCUCAUCUGAGUCUGGCUCAGAGCUGAGUUCACCCACUGGUUCCGAUCACCUCAAUUCCACCAUCACGGAGAGCAGUGAAGAGGAAGAAGACUGUCUUAUUGCCGAGCUCACUCGCCAGAUGGCUCAGUUCAUGUUGCGAGAUGAAGAUAAACAUGAAAAGUCAUAUGGUUCUCCUAUGGUUGAAAAAAAUGAAGAAACAGCAGCAUAUGGCCAUGGGUUUCAAUCAAAACAAGCACUUAUAGAUGAACAAAUAAGAGCUAUCCAAUUUUACAAGCUGAAACAAGAGCAACCAAUGAAGCAGAAAGAACAAAAGCCGAAGACCAAGCAUCAUCAAAGCAAAGGGAAAGUCCUUGGAGGGUUUAACAAUGGCUAUCACUCUAAUACUCUGUGGUAUACUCUACAUCAGCAGCAGCUACAUCAACAACAAAGCAAGAAACAAACCGGUUCCGAUUUGAGGGCGGUUUUCUUUACCGGCUCCGUCUCGAAAAACGGUUCUUCAGGAACCGGCGUGUUCUUGCCUCGUGCAACUGGCGGAACUUCUUGCAACUCACGCAAGAAACAAGGGUGUGCUACUGUGUUGAUUCCCGCGAGAGUAGUUCAGGCUCUAAAGCUCCACUUUGAGAAAACAAGGGUUCCAUCAAGAUUCAAUACUACAGAUUUUAACAAUGGUUCCGACAUCAUGAAUUCGCCACAAAAGGGUCGGUCCGGGGCGACGGUGCCGCGUACAAGCCACCAUGAAGAAGUGAGUCUACCUCAAGAAUGGACUUAUUAAGGAAGCCUUUGUGUGGAUUGUGUUUGGUUUGUAAUUGAUGAAUGGAAGGGAACAAAACAAAUUUCCGGGAAGGAAUAAAGAGGAAGGAAACAAAAGGACAGAUAAGAUAUGGUGGUAAAAUGGAUAUAGGGAAUCUAGAGAGAAUAGACACGUGUAAAAUAAAAUGUGUAGGUAGUCUUCGUAUACCU